GUCUUACAAGUAUAUUCAACGUCAGUCAGUAAGGUAGUCAGUCAGCGAGUCAGGCCGCAAGCAGCAUGUUAAGAUUUAUGCACCAUCGAGGUUGCCACGCAGCCGUGAACAUGAACAUCUUCAGCGCUCCCUCGGAACAGUUCGUCGGGACUAGUAGGAAGUGCUGAGCAGCGGAAGCGUGCUCAUGUAGCUCUCGUCAUAUACCCCAGCCCGUUCAGAUCUCCUUGCUGCGCUGCUGCGUUCUAGCCCUGAGGAGUUGCAAUUUCAGCGGGUGGAUUUCGUGGCUGACGCUUUAGAACAGUGAAUCAAUCAAAUACGUAACAGACAUCCGCAGCUGUUUCUUCUCUCUUCGACAACUCAUCCCAUUUUUGUGUCCUCCAACGACUAGGCUAAGGAUGCUCCCCGUUUUAGUUCUCCAGGUUAUCGUGCAGCUGGGCCCUUCGUAGACGUAGCUCAACCCACCGACCGCAGUCAAUUUCGCAGCCAAGUCAAACUUUGUCGAGCUCUUAGGACUAUGGCAUUCUCGUUAGCAGGUAGAGGCCUCUUUGAGGCAAGUGUGGUGUCGUCAUCAGUAUGUUCCAGAAAGGCACGCACAGACAAUUGUGAGCAGCAUCCACAGCAGCUCCGUAUACCGAGACACUGGACCCGCCGGUCCAGCGCCAGCUCCAGCACCAACGUCAUCAUUCAAUGCUCGAGAAAUGAAGUUGUGCAUCCCGUUGCGGUUUCGAGGUCUUCUUCAUCUGAUCCCUCUUCCCAAUUGCACGCCUCCCGUGCAAAGACGGACUCAGUUUCCAGCUUGUCCACCAAGUUAUCGAAGAUUCAGGACAUCUUUACUGGAACAUCCGUUAACCCUCUGGAGACUUUCUACCAGAAACAUGCGCAGGAGAUGGACAAGAUGAAGGAUUACAUUCAGGAGAUCCGAAUGAUGUUUCGCUCGUUGAGCGAUGGCGAAAUCUCAAUAUCGCCGUACGACACAGCGUGGGUGGCCCUGGUGCCAGCGCUUGAUGGCUCGGAAGGCCCCCAAUUUCCAAAGUGCCUCCAAUGGAUAGCUGACAAUCAGUCUAGUGGUGGAUCCUGGGGAGAUGCGGACUUUUUCCAAUUUUACGAUCGCAUUAUUAACACCCUCGCAUGCAUAAUAGCCUUGAAAACCUGGGAUGCAUGCCCAGAUGCAGUGGAGCAAGGUGUAAAAUUCAUUCAAGCAAACCUCCAUAAAUUGGAAUCUGAGGUGGACGCGCACAUGCCAAUUGGGUUCGAAAUAGUUUUCCCGGCAAUGAUGAAGAAUGCCGAAGCGCUCGGACUCGCUCUGCCCUACAAAGCCGCAUUCGUGACAGCAAUCGAAGCCGAGAGGCAGAAGAAGCUCAAAAAGAUUCCGAUGGAUAUUGUACACAAAUACCCAACAACUCUGCUUCACUCCCUCGAAGGUGUGCACGAGAUUUUGGACUGGGACAAACUCCUGAAGCUUCAGAGCCAGGAUGGGUCCUUUCUAUGUUCUCCAGCGUCAACAGCUUGUGCGCUGAUGUAUACUAAGGACGAAAAGUGUCUCGGUUACAUCGAAGACAUGCUCAACCGGUUCGGAAAUGCAGUUCCAAAUGUUUAUCCUGUAGACUUAUUCGAGCACAUGUGGAUGGUCGAUCGAAUUGAGCGAUUGGGAAUCGCUCGAUACUUUGAGAGAGAAAUCAAAGACUGCCUCGACUAUGUAUACAGGUUUUGGACAAAUUACGGCCUAUCUUGGGCUAGAUCGGCGAACGUCAAGGACGUGGACGAUACUGCAAUGGGCUUCCGCCUCCUGCGCCAGCAUGGCUACGACGUGAGUGCGGACGUAUUCAAGCAGUUUCGCGGUGACAACGGAGAAUUCUUUUGCUUCGCUGGGCAGUCGGGGCAAGCCGUCACCGGCAUGUUCAAUCUGUACCGGGCGGCCCAGACUCGCUUUCCGGGGGAGACGAUUUUGGAAGAGGCCCUACACUUCACCCGAAGCUUUUUGGAAGUGAAGCACGCCCAGAAAGGAUGCUUCGACAAAUGGAUCAUUACCAAGGAUCUGGAAGGCGAGGUCGGAUAUGCCCUGGAUCUGCCUUGGAACUGCAGUCUGCCUCGAAUCGAGACCCGAGCGUAUUUGGAUCACUACGGGUCAGAUGAUAUUUGGAUCGGGAAAACCCUGUACAGAAUGCCCUUCGUCAACAACACGACGUAUCUGGCCCUGGCCAAGGCCGACUUCAAUCUGUGCCAGUCCAUCCAUCAGCUCGAGUUACAGCGAGUCCUGAGAUGGAACCAGGAUUGUGACUUCUCCGGGCUGACGUUUGCGAAGCAAAGGACGUAUGAGUGGUAUUUUUCUGCUGUCACCCACCUUCCAGCACCGGAGCUCGCCGUGGCACGACUGGUGUGGGCUCGCAAUUGCGUCCUCACCUCCGUCAUACGUGAUUUCUUCGACGACGCGGGUUGCUGUUUAGAAGAGAAGCGCUCAUUUUUGGCAGCCACGACAUCGUGGGAUUCCUCGGCGCUCGAUGGGGCGAAAGCCAGCACGAAUAUCUUAUUUGAGGGGUUUCGGAACACAGUUAAUGCCCAGAUACAAGAAGGCCUGUUUGCACAGGACCGCGACCUUGGGCCUUAUUUUCGAGCCACAUGGCUCCGGUGGGUGGAGUCCAUGGUGAAAGAGGCCGAGUGGAAGGCAUCUCUUUCUGUGGACAACGUCGCCCCUUCUUUCGAAGAAUAUUUGCGAAACUCCGAAAUAUCCAUAGCUCUGGAGCCUGUGGUUUUGAUCACCUCUUUCUUUCUGGGCGAGUCCAUUCCUGACAAUGACUUCAGCCCCGAGGCAGGGCAGCUUCAAGACCUCAUGCGAUUAGCCAACCGUGUCGGCAGACUUUCCGACGAUAUACGGAAUUUCAAGAGGGCGCCUUGCGAAGAGAAGCUGAAUGCGGUGGCCUUAUUAAUGGGCCAGAGCCCUGGCCAAACCGCCGAAGCUGUCCUGUCGCGGCUGCAGACCAUGGUGGAUGAUGACAUGCUGCAGCUAAGCAUGCAGGUCCAUCAGCCGUCGAAGUUGCCGAGCUGCCUCAAACAUCUGCACUUCAACAUGGCCCGCACCAUGAUUCUGGGCCAAAGAAGCUCCGGGUGCCUCGGCUCUCUCAAACCCCACAUUCGUCGACUACUCUUCGAGCCUGUGGCCUGAUCUGAUCACUUGCUGUAUUUUUCCUGCAGAGGAUGUACAAAGUCACCGCCCGCCCGCUCGCUCGCUCGACCGCCCAGCCAUCCUCCCAUCCAGCCAGCCACCCACCUUCGAUCGAUUCUAUAGAGCAUAAAUAUACAUACAUCUUACACGGUUCUCGGGAUGAUUCUCUAUUUGUACAUACACCUCUCACGCAACUGAUCAUCUUCCUCAAAACGCAAUCCCACUUAUGUAAAGACUGUAAUUAUAUAGGACAGUGGAAUGUCAUCGGCUCCCAUCCGUAUUUCUACAAGCCAGCCCCCUUCCCUGAUGUUGGACUGUUGGCUCGACACGGGUCGGUCACCGCAGGAAGAUAGCCUAGGACCCUUGAUCAUCCAUCCAAACCCUUGUACCCGAAUGUCUAGUACGGAGCUUGGGCGCUUUUCGCUUUACAUGUGCAUAAUUCAUCUAUAUUCUAAUAAAUCUUAGUGGUGUAAGACAACGUCACACGUACACUUCUCU